CAGAGCCAGGCUGCCUGCCACCGGGCUGCACGUUUGUGAGCUGAGGAGUGCACCGCCAGCCACUGACAAAGGAUGGGAGGUUGCCACUGCCCUGGGAUGCCGGCUGCUCACAGCCUGCCCGCCUGAGCUACUUUACCCUCCCCGGAAAUGUACCCCAAAAGAUCCGUGAGAGCUUGUUUUCUGCUGUCCUACUGUGACUAAGCAAGAGACUACCACAUUUUAUCCAAGUUUGGCAAAGCAAGGAUAUGAACAGUUCUGCAGGAGGGUUUCUCAGGGCGAGUGAAGCCAUAAGGCAUCCAAUCAGGGUUUGGCCACCUGCAGCCCAGCCAAUAUGCCCUUCCACCAGAUUUCUGUAAUCCCAGCCCGGGAGACAGCCAGCAAUGGGAGAAGUUCAAUGGGCAGAAACAAAGAGAAGAACAAGGAAGUUGAGAAUGAAAAGUCCCCAGGGCGAUCUGCAAGUCGAUCAAGUAACAUAUCAAAAGCAAGCAGCCCAACAACAGGGACAGCUCCCAGGAGCCAGUCAAGGUUGUCUGUCUGUCCAUCUACUCAGGACAUCUGCAGGAUCUGUCACUGCGAAGGAGAUGAAGAAAGCCCACUCAUCACACCCUGUCGCUGCACAGGAACCUUGCGCUUUGUCCACCAGUCCUGCCUCCACCAAUGGAUCAAGAGCUCAGACACACGAUGCUGUGAGCUCUGCAAGUAUGACUUCAUAAUGGAGACCAAGCUCAAGCCCCUUCGGAAGUGGGAAAAGCUCCAGAUGACCACGAGCGAAAGGAGGAAAAUAUUCUGCUCUGUCACGUUCCACGUCAUCGCUGUCACCUGUGUGGUGUGGUCCUUGUAUGUGUUGAUAGAUCGGACAGCGGAGGAAAUCAAGCAAGGUGUGCUGGAAUGGCCAUUUUGGACAAAACUGGUUGUGGUGGCUAUUGGCUUCACGGGAGGUCUCGUCUUCAUGUAUGUACAGUGUAAAGUCUACGUCCAACUGUGGCGCCGGCUGAAGGCCUACAACCGUGUGAUCUUUGUGCAGAAUUGCCCAGACACUGCCAACAAACUGGAGAAGAACUUCCCGUGUAAUGUGAACACGGAAAUCAAGGAUGCUGUGGUUGUGCCUGUGCCACAGACAGGUUCAAAUACACUGCCAACUGCAGAAGGAGCCCCACCUGAGGUUAUACCAGUCUGAUGGAACUAGAGGGGAACUUCUUCACAGAAGGAUUUUUGCAGCCCCCAGCCACUACAAACAGAAGUGCUUCUGCUCUGGUGGCUUCUUUAUCUUCUUCUUUUCCCUACUGUCUUGUUUGUCCUGACUUGGAGCAAAAAGGAAAUGAGAAGAAAAUAACAAAUGACCAGGAUCUCAAGAAGCAGAGCCGUCGGUGGGACCUGGAAAGGCAGAGUGUCUUGGGGAAUGAGUUCAUAAGGAAUGGUUGGUACAAGCCAGUCGUCCAGAGUGAUGGACAUGUGAUACUCCUUCAAGUAGUGCAGAGGAAAUCCCUUAACAGACUUCAGUUGCAAUGUAUACUUCUUUGUAGGGUUCUGUAAUGUUAGCCUUCUCCACUGGAAAUGACACACACACACACACAAAACAAAAAAUUUGGUCUUAAGCCUGAAAUUGUGUGCAUUAUCCCUAAGUCACACCAGAAGCAAACUUGGAGGACUUGAGAGGGUUUUUUAAUACUUUGACAGCUGAUUUUUCUGGCUAUUGUGAAGUCUGGUUAUUUUGAUAGAUGCAUGUUUUUAAAUGGAUGCAAUACACAUUUGAUGAUAGAAAUGUUUAAAAUUUUGUUUAAAUGAUGGAAGAAGAGAUUUUCAGGGCAUUGUGGAAUUUAGCUAGUACUGUUUUUUGAACCACUAUCAUGCCAUGUUUUUGUUUUUGUUUUUGUUUUUUUUUCUGGUCCCUCUUACACAGUGCUCAACAACAGAUAUAUAACAUGAGGUACAAAUGCAACCACAGUUGUAAAUUUUAAAUCUCCUAGUGUGCCACAUUAGGAAAAGUAAAAAUAAAUAGGUCAAUUAUUUUCAUAAUUUAGUUAACACUAUAUAUACAAGUUAUUUCAUAUCAUCAAUGAAAACAGUUAUAAAAUAGCUUUCAUUAUUUUCUUGAACCAAGUCUUCAAAAUUCUGCAUGUAUUUAUGGCACACCUCAAUAUGAAUGAAGUGUGUCAGACAGGAUUUAAUUAAGAAUAUUGGUUAGCAGAGCCCUUGCAUUAGAAACUACAUCUGUUCCAUUUAUGUUGGUUAUUUUAAAACAGCAGUUUAAUCCAUUAUUCUGUUUUUCAGUUUCAUUUAAAGGUUACAAUUUACAAAGCACUAAACUCAUCACAUUAAGUAUUCUGGCUUGAUUUCAAGCAACUUUCAAAGGGGCAAAAAAAAACCCCAAAAGUAUAGGAAGUCAGUAAAAUGUGUAGCAAUGUUAUGAAGUCAACUUCUGUAUAGAAGCUAUAAAGUAAUUAUGAUAGGGAAAAAUUAUUUUGCCACUAAAUCAGGUUUGUUAAGGAUUUUAAAUCCACAUGGAGGGUCAACGUGACAUGGGUAUCUUAAUUAAGGAUCUUAACCCCGUGUUUAAACCUGACAGUAUUUCCCUCACUCAACAUAAAAAGUAAAAAUAUUCAAUACAUUCCAUGGUGAGAGAAAAGCUAGGUUGGCGGUUCAAUAGCUGACUACUGUGCUCUACACAGACUCAAAUAAACUGAUAUAAAUGAUAACUGCAACGAGCUGGGUAAAUACUCACAAACAGUAGUUACCUGUCAAAAGAAAGAUGACCACAUUUUUUAAAGUGACUUUUGUUGUUGUUGUUGUUAGCUGUCAUUAUUUAUUAUCCUGACGAGGCAGAGAUGGCCCUAAGAACCAAAGCAUGGGCAUCACGUUGCACACAUCUGGGAUCCAUACCCAUGAACUUUGUAAUAAUCAGUGUUUGUUCUUCGUGGGUGAUAAAGGAAAAGGAAAGACAAAAUGAUCUUUCAAUGAGAAGAGUAUUUGUAGUGACUGACACUGGGUCCAAAUCGUCCCACCCUUAGAAAUAAAGACAUAGCAAACAAUGUCAAUUGUGUGUGUGACCUGUAUAUUCAUGUAUAUAUGCAAGAGAAAUGCUAAGGUCAAGUCAAGUCAAGCAACAAGAGGUUAAAUUCUCAUCUUUCUUAAAACCUGUAGGAGGGACAUGGAGUAAAUAUGCACGGACAAAGCAAUGGACAUAACUAAUCCGGACCAGGCCUUCAGCACAAACACCUGGAACUUUGUAUUCACUUCCUGCAAAGUUUUCAUUUUAAAUAUUUAAAGAGAAUAGGAACAGCAAAGGAAGGAUGGAUGGAUUGCCCGUGACUUCACACAAAGGGGUUAACCAUCAUUCAAUUUUUCUGUAUAGUUCCCCUUGCUCUUCCUAUGAUGAUAAUUUGUCGUCUACCAAUACUGCACAAGAAGAGAUAGAUCUACCUCUUCUUGCAAGUGCAAACUAAAAUUGAUUUACCUUUUUACCACAGGAAGAAAUGAGUUAAAUACCUUAAUUACCACAGAAAAUACUGUUUACAACCAAGAUGGAUAUUUGAGUAGCUUGUUUCAUAGAGGAAGGCGGUUGGCUACAACUAAUUUUCCAAGGUGGUGGAUACCAGUACUAAAAUAAACAGAAUAAAAAGCAGAGACAAGCUUUGCUACAUCAAUAAGAAAAGAUAGCACACGGUUUUAAAGUGACAGCUAAAUGCUUCAAGUUAACUAUGGUGAGCUUUGUUUUUAAAUGAGUAUAUGAUAGAAUUCUGAACAGCGUAUGUACCACUCAGUGAUAUUCUGAUAUCUUUUGAUGCUUUAAAACCCACAAAUUUUCCCCUCUAAAUUAUUACCUGAAAUUACUAUUUAUGAUUCAAACCAUCUGCCCUAACUAUUCAUACAUACAACAGUGGUGGUGGAGCUGGGCAUAGUAGGUGCACACCUGUAGUCCCAAAACUGGAAGCUUAGGACUUCAGGGUUAUCCUCUCCUACAUAGUGAAUCCCAAAUAAAGGCUAGCCUAGGCUGCAUGAGAGCUUUCUUCAAAAGUAAAACAAACAAACAAACAAAAAAGGUUUAAAACUCAAUGAAUAAGGCCAGUAUUGAAAAUAUCUUUUCACAUUGUGUGGUAAUGGUGUUUUCCCUUAGUAACAAUGAAAAUGUUUGGCUUACUGCUCAAGGAGAAAAACCAGCUUGACAGAAUGAUAUUAUCUUCAAGUGUGUUUACCUGCUCUCAUGUAAAAAAAUAAAGUGAAAUUGAAACAAAAUUAUCCCUGAGUUUAGAUUGUUAAAAGUGGAUUUUUAUAAACACAACAUAAAGCUGUGCUAAGAAACACCAUAAACCAGCCUUCGAAAGUGCUUCCUAUCAAGAGCUGACAUUUUCACUAGGUGUAAUUAGUCAAUGAGAAAUGAAGUAAAUUAAAACAUUUAAGGUAAAGCCUAGGGAUGGAAGAGGUGCAUUAGUGGUUAGACACUUUCUGCUCUCAUAGAAGCUCCUGGUUGAGCUGUCAGCAUACACAUAACAGGGCACAACCACUCCAACUCCACCUCUUCUGGUCUCUGUGGUCUCUAGAC